AUGCGACUCUCACGACAUCGAAAGUAUGAUGGAAGGCGUUUGAGUUUAAUUAGCUUUCAACCAAGGUUUUAUUAUUAUGAUCAGAACGAACAUGUCAACCUUGAUAUCGAAGAAUUUACUACUUAUCAGACACCUUUUAUUGAAAAUUGUGCUCUUGUGUAUGAAUGUCCUGUUGUCCAAUAUUUAUUUCCAGAUUUUAGAAAUGCUGACAUUGUGCAUUGCGAGAAAUGUAACAAGAGUGUUCAAUUCAUUGAAACUAUGGGUGAAUUCAAAUCUCUAAUUUGUAAGGAGCAAUGUAUUGCAUAUAGACGAGAAAAAGGUGGUUAUGGUGGAGGGAUGUGUUAA